AUGGGUUGUUUGACAGACUGUAGUAGUUGGGAAAGUGAUGGUCACUUGUAUGGAGUCCUUUUCCGAGUUUUACGUGCUGUUAAUAUGCAAGUGAUAGUCGAAGUAAUAACUUGUCUACAUUGUGCUAACUUAACUGCUGCAUCAAUAGUCAGGAGCUCAGAAGACCAAAGACAAGCAAGUCAUGAGAUCAGAAGUGGAAAUGAUGGAGAAGGGUACUUGUCAUUCUUAUGUGUGCUAAACUUGAAGUAUUGUAGAGCUAAAGAACAGAAAUUUUGCUAUGUUUGUGGCUCUUCGCGUAUUAGGUUAAAGUUGUGUGCGGGAAGAAAUCAAUCUGUUUCACUGCUAAGAUACAAAUGUUUCGAAGAAAAAUGCGGAAAGUUUAGUGGAAAUUUUUAUAUGCAAGCUAAAGAUGGCUCUCUUACAAUUUAUAAACAAGAUAUCAAGAGUUAUGCAUUUCGACAAGUAGGGGAAAGUGAUCCGAAUAAUGUUGCUCGUUUUACAAUGAAUACUGAAAGAAACACAAACAUAUGCAAUCAAAGAGGAGAAAAUCAUCAAAACGGAAAUGGUCACAUUGUGGAUACUGCUUCAUCAAAAUCGCAUGACUCACCAGCAUUAAUCACUCUGACCAAAAAGAUGCCUGAACAAAAUAAAGAAGUUCGAUCGCGAAAUAUGGAUAUUUCUUGCACAUACUUAAAUGAAACAACUAGAAGACAACGGAAGGGCGAUGUUGAAAACAGUUCAGUCAAAACAGCCAAUGAUGUAACAACGUCAUAUUCACUAGCAGUUGAGCACCGUCCUGUGGAUAGUUUAUUGCCAGUUGACGAACCUGCUAUGAAAUCGAACGAGGUUAAAAAAUCAAACACAGAUUAUGUAAAUGCAAAAAGGAAACAAAAUACUUUGAGAGAAAAAUCAGGAUUUAGAACGUUCAAGAGAUUGAAGUUGGAAAAGGAUAAAGUCAGCGAAGAAGCAGUCCUCACCGAAAGUAAUGUUGCUCAUCUGAGUUAUCUGGUAAGCGAUAUGAGUAUUUCUGCUGAUAUGACAAUUAAUGCUACAAUCAAUUCGAAAGUAGCAUUUACUCAAACAGAAAUGGAUGACGAUGGCGUAGUAAAUUUGCUGCUUGAUGAAGUGGUCAAAUGUGAUGUAAGAAGUAGCAUCACUAAUCGGGCACACUUACUUCGACAAAUCAAAGUAGCUCAAACGCUUCUACAUUUACAGAAUAAAGAAAUUUGUAUGUUGAAGGAAGAGAAGCGUUUGUUUAAUGCUGUUCAAAAAGAAACAAAGAGUUAUAUUUCUGAAUUGAAGAAAAAAUGUACUGCGGAUUUUUUGCGCAUUCGAGAUGAAAUAUCAGUUUUGACAAAAGAUUUUCGAUUAUAUCUUCUUGACUUACAGAGAGCUUGUAAAAGAUGCUCAGAAAAAAUGGAAGAAGAUAAGAUGAAGUUCAUUAUUGUGGCCAAUAAUUAUGAGAAACAAAAUGAAACUCUUAAUAACAAAAUAGCAGAUCUAGAAAAACGGUUGGAAUUAAGCGAUGAUUUGAUUUAUAAUCAGAAACGUGAAUUAUUGGUAGCAGAUCGUGAAAUGCAUUUAGCAAACGAAAAUGUUGCUGAUAUUCAAAAAAAAUUAGAAGAUAAAUUAUUUCUUGCAUCUCAUGCAAAAUGCACGUCUUGUACAGUUUUUGAGAAAUUGCGAGAUACUUUGACAACACAAAUUGUUGACAAAACAAAUGCACUAUCCGCUGCAGAAAUUAUGAUAAAUGAGCUGAAAGUAAAAUUGGAGAAACAAGAGCGCGCAUCUUUGAUUAUGUCUAAAGAGAUUCAUCGAAUGAAAUUUGAACGGAGCUCUUAUGUACUAGAUUUCAAACGUCUUGAAGCUGAAGUCAGCUGUUUACGAAAACGAAUGAAGGAAGGAAAUGUAGAUUUAAAUAAUUCAUCGGUGUCUUCGAAAUCACUUUUCAACAAUCGAGAAAGUUUGAUUAAAUCUAGUGACAAUUCAUCAGCAUCAGCACUUCCUAUUCGGUCUACUAAUAACACACAGAAAUCAUUUUCGUUAGAAACUCCUCAACCAGAUAAAGUACUUCCGGAAUUGGAAAACAUUGAAAAGGUUAGGUAUUCUUGGAUUACAACGGUUCAGAACGAAAAGGGCAUUGUAACUCAGCAGAAACCUGUGCAAAUUGCUGACGGUAUUUCUCAGCAUGUUCUUCAGAAUAAAAGUGAUGCAGUGGAUGUUCAUGAUGGGUGCCGUCCAAUAAAUAAGCAGGCUGUAGUGAAGGGCGCGCAAAGCAGUAAAUUUAUUAGUAAUAGUCAUGGCGCAAAUUCUAAGAAAUGCACCAGUCGGAUUCAAAGUUGUAAUGUAGCAUAUACUGAUUCAGGAAUUGAAUCUUUAGAAGUGGCGUCCGAAAAAAAUUUAAGUAGUGAAAAUUCAUUGAAUAUAAAUAAUAAAAACAAGGAGAGACAUUCGGAGGUUACCGGAACAUUUAAAGUGCAGACGUUAUUGUUGCAUCCAGCACGAAUGGAUUCAAUCAAAAUUCCUGAGUCGAGUAAUGAAAUUCAGAACUCGCUACGAACAGGAAAAAGUGACUCAGAAAAUGCAAUACAAGAUGCGAGAAAAUAUAAAGACGAGAGAUUUGCUCAAGAAGAUUCUAAAGAAUUGCAAGUCAAGGAAUUACAUGAGAAUUCUCGAGGUGUUUCAUCAGCACACAGAUCUUUUCUUUGUUCACGUACUUCACUGCCUAACACAAGACCUUGUCUAAUAAAUAAUAAAUUCUUUCCAUCAAGGCCUCCACUUCCUUGGCAUAAAAAGACUGUGGAUAAUUCUUUACCACCAUCAUCUUUUCCCUCGCAAAAUUCUGUGGGAAGCACCUCAUCUUUCAAUGCUCCGGUGAUUAAAUUACCUCUGCAAUCCAAUGAACGAUCUAGAGUUCGAACUAUUUUUGGUAUUGGUCAGCGCAGUGCCUCCUCGAAAGCUAUCUCAACUUCCCUCUUUACAGACAAAAAUAGUUCAGAAGUUCAUGAAUUAUCAAAUCCUUGGAAGGUGCAAGUAAACCAACGGCAAGGAAGUUGGAGCUUCGAAAAAGAUAAUUCAUCAAAUACAUGGAGAGCAAAGCGUUUGCGUAUUGCAAAGUGCUCGAAUUUGCCACGGAUCAAACAAACAAAACAUGCUCCAAAACAAAAUGUUACAGCUGGGUGUAGUUAUAAAACACAGUUAACAAGAAAGGUAUGUAAUCUUGUUUUCGAGAAGGAUCUGGAUGAAUGGGAAUAA